UGGGUUCGACGGCGGCGGGUGGAGCUGGCAUGGUGCCUGCGGGAGUCGCCCCGUCGGGUGGCGCCAUGUGUUUGACCCGUGCUGCGCGGAGGUCGCGAGCACGUGUUUCAGCAGAUCGUCUCGUUCAUCGGCUAUCUCGUGGUGUGGACCAGAUCACAGGCCCGUUGAAGCUGGCAGAGUCAGCGCUCUCGCUCAUGGUGGGGAACUCGGAGGUCGGGUCGCGGCUUCGGGCGGUGGUACCUGCGGUCCUGGCCCUCGUCAGUGCAGAGGAGCCGAAGUGGCUGCACAUGUUGCACAGGAACGUCGCGCUGCACUCUGACGCGAGGGGCAUCGACGUGGAGCAUGCCUUGGUUGCCCAGCUUCGCCGUGCGCAGCACGGAGCUCGGCUGGAGGCGAGGAAGCGCUCCGAGUCUCGUGGGCCGCCCGAGUUCCCCGAGAACGGCCGUGCACCAGACUUCGUGUCGGCUGCUGGCUCCGUCCGUGCAGGGCUCCGGCGUCAUGCAGCCCCCUUCUGGCCGCAGAGGCCGCCUGGAGUUUGGGGCCCACCGACCGCGCAGCUCCUGGUCGGUGCGCUCGGCUGCGGCUCCGACGGCGCCCCGGAGGGCUCGCGGGGAGCCCCAGGGCCGCCCCCCGACGACGGGCCCACGCAGGGGAGGACUGCCCUGCCGCUGCGGCCGCUGCCGGAGGCCGCUGCCGAGGCACAGGCAGAGGCGGAACGACCUGACGUGACACAGCCAGGGUGGCGCCCGACCCUGCCUGCGGCGGCGAGCGCUCACACUGCUCCGAGGGGCGCGUGUUGCAGCACAGGGGGGCCAACGAGUGCGUGGAACCGGUGCCCUGCCCCGAGCGCGGCCGCGACGUCCCCGACGGCUGCAACAUGUUCCUGUGCGGGUCCGAGGAUUGCGUUGGCUGCGUCUGCUAGGACUGCGUGCAUCCAGCCCUCCGGCAGCGCGGUCCGCCUUGUCCGAUGAUGGUGCAGAAGCCGCCCGCAUCAUGACCCACGUCAUGGCGGCGGAGGCGCAGCUGCGCAGCUGGGAGGCGCGCUGCAGCGCUUUCAAGACGGGCCUGUUCGUGGCGGCCCGCUGCCUGCUGGACAGGUUUCCUUCGGCGGGGCAGGUGACGCGGGAUGCUGAGGUGACUUUUUCUCUUGUCGGCCCUUCUGCCCGCGCAGGUCGUGGCGGACCCUGAGUCGUACGGUGUCCCGAGCUCGUCUUCUCUCUCGUGUUCGGCAUGCAGCAGUCCGUGCACUUCUUCUUUUGGGGCCCGAGUGUCGGUCACCGACCCGCUUCGGCAUGGGAAAUGAG